GUGCGGCCUUCGGUGAGGUUGCGUAAGUGGCUUUGUGUGUAAGACUUAAAAGUACGCCAACAGGAGUCGCUUGUGGAUUUGAAAUUCGUUUCGGUAUUACGUCACCAUACCGUUGUAGCACCUGACCCUCCCACGUCGCUCAAACCCGAUCUAAGAGAAGUUUGGUAUAUAUGUACGUACGUUAUAUAAUCCCAAUAUAGCAACAUCAGCAUCUAACAAACUUCACAACUGACCGUUACAAAUCAAGAGUGUGGAAAAACAACGUGUAAAUAAGGCACUAUCUAAUACAGUAAUAGUAGAAAAAAACAACAACAAGGAAAAUGAUUUGGUCUAUCUCUUUUGCUAUUUUUCUGGGCUUGAUUGCUUUAUGGAUAAGAUGGCGCGUCAAAAUGACAUCAGUCUUUUCAAAUCUUGGAGUUCCAGGACCAACACCAAGUUUGCUGUUUGGAAAUUUGAUAGAACUUUAUAAAAAGGGUCCAUUGCGCUGUCAUGACGACUGGAUUAAGGAAUACGGGAAAGUCGUAGGGUUUUACGAAGGUAUGAAACCAGUAUUGCUUAUCGCUGAACCUGAAUUGUUGAAGUCUGUGUUAAUGAAGGACUUCCACAAUUUCACUGAUCGUCCGGAGGUGAUUCCGCUAAAAGGUAAAAAAGAAGACAUUUUUAGUAAAGAACUGAUCAACCUUAAAGGUCAAAGGUGGAAAGAAGUCCGAAGUAUUUUGACUCCAACAUUUAGUACAGCCAAACUGAAACAGAUGACAUCCAUCAUUAGUCAUACUGUGGAUAUUUUCAUUUCAAAAGUGAAAAAGAAGUCUGAAUGUGGUGAAUUUUUUGACAUCUAUGACCUUUACCAACGUCUCACGACAGAUGUGAUAGAGAGAACGGCUUUAGGGAUGGAUACAGGUGUACAAGAAAAGGAUCACGAUCCGUUACUUCAAAGUGCCCAACUAAUCUUUCGUAUGAAGUUCGCAGAUCCUUUGUCUUUCAUCGGAUUAUGUUUUCCUGGACUUCGACCCUUGGCAUUCUUUCUGAUGGUGAUAUUUAUACGUGUGAAGAACGAAGGCUAUCUUCCUGGCUGGAGAAUCAUCGAAGGAUGUGAAAAAAUCAUUAACGAAAGAAGAGCAGAUUCUACGAAAAGAGUACCAGACUUACUGCAGUUGAUGUUGGAUGCCGAAGUAUCUCGCAACGAUCUUCAAAAUAUAACAAACGAUAAAUUAACUGCAGGAAAUGAUGAUGUAACAAGUGACAAAAAAUCACCUGACCAUGCUGUUGAUGAUGAACAAAGAAAGAAAAGAUCCAGAUAUAUGACAGAUGAUGAAAUAAAAGCAAAUGCCCUUAUCGUCUUCCUUGCUGGCUACGAAACAACCAGCUCCGCCUUGGCUUAUACAACUUACUUACUGGCUAAACAUCCAGAGGUUCAAAACCAAGUUCGUGAAGAAUUGGAUAAUCAUAUGAACGACGAGGUUAGUUUAAACUGCUUUAAAUGAACUCAUUCAUAUCAGGUG